GCUACUAUCAUACGUAAUUGCGACCUGGGUUGAAAUACCCAGGAUUAGUAAUUAAAGCAAAAGGAUAGUGAAGCCAACUUGACUGGUAAAAAGGCAAUCAAAUAUUAUUAGAUUUUACCAGAAACCAAUUUUGGUUCCGUUUGAUUAAAUGUAAGAAACGAGAGUAUAAGGUGGCCUGAUGAAUUGAUUUACAGGUAUGAUUUAUGAAAAAUAUCAUUUUUCGUCGUCCUGUCACAAGCCUUCAGUCAGCGGGAUUGAAUUGCCGGGAGCGAAACAAAACUCCGGAUAAUUUUAUGCUAAUUGUACAAAAUUAAUCCGCGGGUACUUUACUUAGCGGGCGCAAUUUACUUUUUAAAAUCGAUCGAUUUCCUCUGCCUUUUUUCGCCUCGAACAAGUAGCUCAUUUUAAGAUUCACUGCCAGUCGCCUAGGGGGUUGACCAUUUUGACAACAGAUUUCUUUCACAUGCACGUCAUGCAAAAUUACCAAUUCUAAAUGUUCUCGGGGCCAAAGAGUCGUCAUUAACGGAACCCUUUUAUUCUUGCCCACAAGUGCGAUAAAAUCAAAAUCAAAGUUCAAGUUCAAAAUUAAAAAUGGCGUCUAUUUCGCAUUUUGCUUUCCUAUGUGUUACGAUAUUAUCUCUUUCCCUAAUUUCGGAGGGUUUCAUUAGCAAGAGUCACAAGUCGGGUUGGGGUGGGUUUGAAAAGAGGGACUACGGGGUUUGGUCCCACGGAGGCAGAUUCAGCAACGUUCGCACACCACAGCGACUUCUAGCAAGAUUUCACAUGGGUAAAACUGACGUCAUGAAACGACCAAACACAAACUUCAUCGGUUCAGUGUUUGACGAGUCGUUUGAGCCCGAGAAGCAAUCAUUCGUGGAUUCCGACUUCGUGAUGCCGGAAGGACUAGAUGACCUCGACAUGUCCUUGACCGACUUGCGAACUCGAGAAAACGUCGCUGAAAUGAUGCUGGGUUUGUGUUGCGAGGCCGAAGAUUUCUGCCUUCAAGACCUGUGGGCCGAAAUAUGUGACUCGUUGCACCUGGACCAGACAACAUGCUUUCCGCUCUACCAUCAAAAAUGUUCACGGAUCGGGGGUGCUGAGCCUUCUGGCAAAUAAACAAACACUGGAAGUAAAUAAAAUUUAGGCUCAACUUAUUGGCCGAAUAGUUGUCCAACUGGAAAAUUAAACCGAAACGUGAAAACUCAAACACCAAUUAGCCUGAAGAUAUUUCAAAAGUAUUCUUUAAUGAA